AUGAAACAAGGUCCAGCUUCUAAAGAUGAUGCUUACGCAAUAGUUGAUAAAUCCACGGUGUGUGGUUUAGUGGGACAAACUCCUCCAACUGGACAGGCUGGAACUACCACUAGAUACUGGGAUUGCUGCAAACCCAGCUGCUCAUGGCCUGGCAAAGUUUCUGGAUCCAAUGCUUUCGUGCAAACUUGUAGCAAGGAUGGUUUCUCUGUCCUUACCAAUCCCAAUGCUGGCAGUGGAUGUGAUGGAGGUGAAGCCUUCGUCUGUAACAUUCAGAGACCAUGGGCCGUCAAUGACCAACUGGCCUAUGGAUUUGCUGCCGCCACCAUUCCAGGCUUGAGUGAACAAGACCGUUGCUGUUCAUGUUACAAACUUGUUUUUACCAAUGGUCCAGUCCAAGGAAAAACGAUGAUCGUCCAGGUCACUAACAGCGGNCCUGCUACAAAUGUGAACAUCGAUCGAUAUAAGAAGCACAAUAUCACUGUCCCUGAACUAGUGCCAAUUAAACCUGUAAUUCUGAACAUGAUCUAG